AUGGUCGACGAUGAAGUGAUUAGGCGAGGAGUUGACGAGGAAAACUCGUUGAUCCCGUUGGUGACCUUUGAUGAGAAUCGGCUCAACUUCCACGAGACAGUAGCUCGAGAAACGUUUGCUAAUGAGAAAUAUCGAGGGGUAAAGAUUACUUUCGUCAGUGUGAUGGGCCCAUCGAGAUCGGGGAAGAGUUUUCUUAUGUCCGUGCUCACAAAUGGAGUCGAUGGCAACAAAAUACAUGGUGCUUUCCAAUCGGGUCUUCAGCGUUUCACCGAGGGAAUCCACAUCUUCACGAGGCCGAUUUUCAUCAACGAGACGCAUGCCGUCUUUUUCCUCGACACUCAGGGCACUUUCGACAUGCAAACAGAUAGAACAAUCUCGGCAUGGAUCGCCGGCUUUUCACUUCUUUUCUCAGACAUACAGGUCCGAAUCCGGCCAUUGAUUAUCUUG